ACAUCCCCUACCCUCGCUUCUCCGCCCUCGUCACCCACUAUACCACCCCGGUCGCCAGUACUCGCACCGUCCUCCCCUCCCCCGCGCCCGCUGCGUUCCCCGGCGCGUGCUAGUACUCUGUUCAGCUCCUCUUCGACUUCUUUGCUCGGCGCGCUCACAUCCUCGCGCUCCAACACCGUAUCUACCUCACGUCCAAGCACCUCCACCGGCACCCCUACGCGACCGAGGGCGUCAAGCCGCACGCGCCCCAAGACUGCGAGCGGCGCGAUGAGCUCACCGAAGGACGAAGUGGAUAAGGCAUGGCCAGGAAGUGUGGGUCCUUCACAUACGGGUAGCUCAGCUUUGCCCCACCAUGCCAACAUUCAACACGCAGGACCCCCACCGGCCUCCCCUGCGCGUCGUCGAACGACGAGCAUGCUUACUAGAAGACCAUCUGCGACGCGCUUGCCGGCGGCACCUCCACCCCCAAGAAGGAUGGACACCAUAAGAGCAUCCACAUUCGACCCCUCGGAGCCCCGCGAUAGCACAUCCUCCACCUCCACCAGCUCUACCGCGACGUCCACCGGUGCUACCCACAGUCACGACGGCCACUCGGUGCAUACACAUGGGUCGCAGCAGAGCCUCUCGUCUGUAAAAAGCCAGGCCUCAGCGCAUACAACGAGCUCUUCCUCGUCUGCGCACACCCAGAGCUCGCAGCACAACCAUUCCACCCCGUCCCUUUCUCUGCCGCCGCUCUCCCUACCUCCUCUAUCGUUCGACCCUUCCCUGCCCGCCUCUGCGUGGCACACCUCAGGCGACUCGGCGGACUUCACGCCACGCGCGGGACAGCACGCCGAUUACCCCUCCUCUGCGUUGUACGACCAUGAUUACCCGCAUUCUGCGCACCCGGACUUUGCUAGGCAUGAGUUCGCGAGUCGCGCGCACCACGAGCAUCCGGAUUACUCUCUCCCGCCCUCCGCGCUCGGGCACAUUUCGCAGGCGUACGACCCCGCCCGAGACCUCACGCCCGCGAUCACGCGGUCCGUGACGCUGCCCGAGUCGCACUUGGGCGCCUCGACGCAUAGCCAGAGGCCCGUCAGGCAGCUGACGAGGGAGAGGGAGGAGCUGUGUCCUUGGGAGGCGUUCGAGGACGAGCCGGAGGAGGACGAGCAUGGGCUAGGGGGCCGCGGGCCGGUGGUGGAGGACGAUGGUCCGCAUGAUGUGCUCUCGACGCCGGGGCAUGCCCUCGCGCAUCCGACACCGACCCCGAGCACCCCCUCCCGCCGGCGCGACACCGAUGCGCCCAAGUCGCGGCCCAAGUCCGUGCUCGGCACGAUGGGGCUGAGGCGGGUGAGCGCGGGGGGUGUCGGGAUUGGCAAGUCGAACUCGAGUGGGUCGAGCCGGGGUCUUGCGAUUGGGACGGGGAAGACGUCUCUCGGUAUAGGCAAGAGCAACUCAAGCGGCUCUGGCAAGGGCGUCAGCCUGACGAAGCGGGGCACGCUGAAGAGCAAGAGCAAGUCGCCUGCUGAGGGCGCGCAUGCGGAGCACGAACACCAUGCGCACCCCGACCAUUCACAUAGCGGACACCCUGGUGGCCCCUCCGCCGCGCAGCCGUCGACUUACCUCGCCCUUCUCGCAGACAAGGGCCGCGGGAAGGCGCUCGAGCGCGCGGUUGCGGAGGCUCCCUCGCCCUACACCUCGUCCUUCGUGGUCGAAAGGGGCCCGCAGGGCGGAUCGUUCGUCGUGGAAUCGAGGCUCGCUGCCACGGAAGGCAGGGGCCCCACUGCCGGUGGGUUCGUGGUGCAGUCAAGGCCGACGACGGGCGGGUCGACCACGACGCAAGAGAGCACGGAGCCCCGCAUCGCAGCCGGCGGCUCCCGCAGCGCCGCGGGCGGGAUGAAGGUGACCUCGCACGCGAACCCGGCCGCGUUCAUGCAUCCGUCGACGUCGACCCUGGGCUCCUACAUGACUGCCUCCUCAUCGACCUCGCCGGGCGUCACGGCGCCCGGCGCGAGCACGCUAUCCUUGGCGCCCUCGUCUGCAUCGUCGGUCAACUCGCCCGUGUCGCCGACUGUCCUGCCGGUUGGCGGGUCGAGGAGUCGCGUGCGGGGCGUGCCGAGCGUGGGCGAUUUGGCGAUGAGCGCCGCGACGCCUACGGCGCCAACGCCUACAGGCGAAGGACAAGGCCCGUCGAGCGCAGGCGGCAGCAACCCCGCGAGCGCGUUGAAAAGAGAGGAGGUUGUGCCCUGGGAGUUCGAAGAGGUACCGAGCGAGAGCGAUGAUGGGUUCGACUCCAGGACAGACGAGGAAGGAGUAUCACCGCCGCGUGCGUCUACCUCCUCGCGGUCUGGUCAUGGCCACGGACAUAGGCAUGGACACGCUUAUACCCCGUCCAAAGGGUCGGAACUCCCUCGACGCGACUCAGAAAAGCACGCGCAUGGGCGCGACCACGGAGACGUGAAGCACGGCCCUGCAGACCUCUCGGGCAUCCUGCGGCACCCGCUUGAUGCGCUCAAGAGCCGGCGUGGUGAGCAUCGCGAUCAACGGCAGGAUGACGCGAGGCAUCCAGCGGACACCAAACACCGCCCCGCGGCGCAUUCGCGAGAGCUCACGCCGCGCGAGCUGUUUUCGGGACUGUCGUUCGCGCCAGAGCCAGCGCCGACGUACGCGUUUGGGCAAGCGCAGACACCAACGCAGGCGCACUCGCUUGGGUCGCCGACGCAAACACAGUCGCUUGGCUCGCCUACGCAGGCCUCGCCGACCCUGGCGUCACCCACACGCCCCGGUGUGCUGAGGCCGCAACCCACGUACGCAUAUGCGCGCCCAGAUGGUGGGUACACAGUGUCCGAGCUGGGUGUGACGGGUCUGGCGGGCCAGAGCGUGUCCACGCUAAGCUCGCGGCCGCCUACUGUGCGCUUGGGUAACGCGGAUACGGCCUCUCGCUUCGGCGACCAGGCCAGCAGAGUGCCUAUUGUUGACCCUACGCCGGUGUACCCGUCGUUCACGGCUGCGAAGAAGCCCCUGUCUGCGCCGCCCGUCAAGCGGACAACUUCGCCGAUACUGCGUAGGACGUCCCCGAUCUUGCGCAGGACGUCGCCGACCACGCGUGCCACCUCGCCAGGGUCCAUGGCGAGCUCGAUGACCCCGGGCGCUCUCGCGAGCACGAUCAAGCGCAUUGGGUCUCCCGUUGCGAAGAUUGUGUCCCCGAUAGCGAGAGUUGCGGGGGACUCGCCGCCGUUGAGGAUGGGCGGGUCGCCGCCUGGGGGCGCGCGCAACUCUCCCCCGGGUGGUGCACGGAACUCGCCACCGCUACGUGUGGGACACUCCCCGCCACUGAGAGUCGGCAGCUCUCCACCGGCGACAAUGAGACGCUCAGCGUCGCCCAUACCGAGGCGAGGCUCACCGCUGGCGCGAGUGGACGGAGGUUCAGGGGAGAUGCCGGGCGCGAAGUCAGUGCCCGCGGCACCUACAGCGUACUCGCCUGUCGCGGCGCCGAUUCCACGGUCUGCGUCUGCUGCCCCUGCACUGCGAUCGUCGUCGGCAGCGCCGGUGAUGCGGACAAUGGCGGGGAUGCUGAGGGGCUCGGGAAAGAAGAGCACUCCUGUACCGCCAAUUUCGACGCAGGCACCGCCAUCAGCGUAUGCGACGUCACUGGGCGUGCAUGCACCCUCUAUUGGGCCUUCGACCUCCGAGUCAUCCACGCUUGCAUCCUCUUUGCUAUCAGCGACGUCCCUCUCGCAACUAUCUUCGGCGUCGUUGGCGCAACUGUCUGAAACCCUAGCUCACUCCGAAGCGGGCACGUCAUCUGCAGGGCAUGGCUCAACGUCGACGGGGUCGGUUCAGCACGCACAACUGCAGGCGCUGCACCUCGCAAACGCGCCUCCUGUCCGCUCACCCGGCGUGCAUCCGGAUGUACAGUAUGCGAAGGCGUUGGUGCAGCGACGCAAGAGCACGGGCACCGAGCACAGGCGCGGCGCGAGCGGGGGCGAGGUUUUGCGCGGCCCGAAUGGGGAAGUGCUGAGAGUCCCCGGAGAGAGCGCUUACAGCUGGGGCUGGGGACGGAAGGGGAGCAAGAAGGAUGCUGAGAAGAAGGGAAAGGCGAGAGAGGGGGAUGAGGUCAGGCGCGAGGAGAGCCUCCGCAGCGGGUCGUCGCACGGCAAGUCGCAGGAGGGCGCCCCAGGCUCCCGCCGCGACGAGGGUUCACAUGCGCGGAUGUGGGCCGGCGUUGCGGGCGGUCUCGUCGGAGGCGGUGGCAAUACCAACGUAGGCCGCAAACCCGGAGAGGGAAUGUGGCAGGUGGGCGAGACGUGGUAUGGUGACGAGCCGGUGUUUCUGGCGGACGGCCGUAUGUUGAUGCCGGAUGGGAGUGCGCUGCCAGUGGACGAGAAGGGGCGGGUGCUGCCUCCUGACAAUACUCCGCCCAUACCGAGUGGUCCGACCCGCGUCGUGCUGCCUGAUGGGCGAGUGCUGGUAGCGGAUGUCGGGCAAGAGAGCGACGGGCGAAGAGUGGUGGUGAUGCCGGAUGGACAUGUGUACGGGUCUGGUGCGCGUGGGCGGGUGCUGCCGACGGAUGAGAGGGGCGUGUUGGUUGCAGAUGGCGCGCAUGGGAGGAUGAUUGUAGAUAUUGGAGGGGUGCCGAAGGCGGUGGCGGGCGGGAGUAGCAGUUCGGGAAGGGCGAGAAGCUCGGAGGGUUUAGAGGCGCUUUCUGACCUGGACAGUGACGGUGGGCGCUUCAACACGACGGAUCGAACGAUUCUGCAGGAAUUGCGCCGAAACCAGAGUGCAAGGGAGGCAGAGUUCGUCAUCAAAGGCCUACCCCAGCAUCCGCAAAAGCACCAUCCCUAUCCUCGAGACCAAGUGCCAUACCCGCGCAGUUACGAGCGAGAGGUCUUGGAUUUGGAUGUAUGGGAGAACCUAUUCUGUCACCAGCUGACUGGGAGCAAUACGUGGCAUGUCUUCGAAGAGCAAAGCGAGGCGGUCGACCACUCUAGCGAGAAGGACGACACAAAUGUCGAGCCGUCCACAGACUCGACCACCGACCCGAAACCAGCGGACACGUCUGCCGCCAAGUCGGAGGUCGGUGCGGAUCCUCUGCUCAAGGGCGAUAUUAGGCGUAACCCUAUUCCUGCAAAAGUUCUCGACAUCGGAUGCGGCACUGGAACCUGGGUUCUCAACUGCGCCAGCCUGUGGAAGGACACGCAUUUCGUCGGUCUCGAUGUCGUUCCGCUGCAUCCUAGCGCUCCGGCUGAACUCGCCGGACGCGUGACGUGGGUUCAAGCGAACUUCCUCGAGGGUCUGCCGUUCCCGAAUGAGGAGUUCGACUACGUGCAUGUCAAGCGGAUCGCGCUCGGCGUGCCAGAGGAUCGAUGGGAUGCGUUGUUCGAGGAGAUCACACGGGUCAUGAAACCAGGCGCUGCAUUUGAGAUGGUCGAAGAGGAUCUGUUCUUCCCCGGAAUGCAGCCAGAGGAGGAGUCAAGUGCGGAGAGCGACAAGGAUGAUGUCCUGGUGGAAGAGGACGCGCAGUCUGCGAACGACGGAGAUGAAGAUGCGCGCUCUUCGAUCGAGAGCAUUACGUUCGCGGACACGCCAGAGGGCGAUGCGGACAAUGCCGACGGCAAAAGACCUUCGCACGGCAUCGGUGAGGGUACGCCAGAGGACGAAGGCGACACGCCGGCGAAGAAGGAAAAGACGCCGGAUGUGGACGCCUCCCAGGACGUACUCCAUCUUCUCGACACGGCUCUGUCACCGGCGGCGGAGCAAGAAAUGCAACAAGCGGCAGAAGGCUCAGUACCUGCAGCCGUCGGGCGAUCACGCAGCCCGACGACAGAGUCUCAACCUCGACCAUCGCUAACGGAGAGCAUGUCGUCGCAAGUGACCGCUGUUCCGCUUCCGAGCCCAACGCUACCGCGGCACUAUCAGCAGCCCGCAAGCGUGGGCGGCCGUGGACUCAGCCAUCGCGCACGCACGUUGACCAACAGUUCGAUCCCUACGUCUGUCGGCUCUGGCUCUCGCUUCGUCGAGGGCGGCAUGGCGAGCCUCGCGGAGGUCGUCGACGACUUCGGUGUACAGGCGCCUGGCGGUUUGACCGCGGAGGGCGUUGAACUUGGUGUUGUGCUGGAUACGCGGUAUGAUCCCCGCGCCAGGUCCGGUCGGUCAUUCGACAUCGCGCGGGGUGGGCGGGCGAGAUCUGUCGAUCUCCACCAGCGCGUAUCGAUGGAGACCACGACGCUGAGCGAGGACAUCCCACCAAACCCGCGAGACCAUUCCGUGCUCGAGCACAUUUACACCGAGAUGCACGCAUCGCGGUUCGUGAACCUAGCACCAUUGUCGUUGCUGGCGAAUACACUGCGCUUGCACUUUGAAGAUGUGCGAUCACACCCGCCUUUGGAGUUUUCCUUCCCGCCGAGGCCGCCUCCGCCAGCCGAAGACAACAGCUCCGACGACUCGCUCUCGGACUCUGACGACGAGGGACCCAGCUCGCGCCAUACGAGAGGCAGCAGACCAUCUCAACCAGAGCCUCAAAUUGAGGAGAGCAACCGCAUCCUCACUACACAAAAUAUCGUACGGCACGACUCGCAAUUGGUCACCUUCGACGAGUCCCGAUUCACCAGCUUCAGCGGCCCGCAAAGACAGAACAUCUUCCGCUUCCACGAAGGCCUUGCCAACUCGCGGCAACGGCUAGGGCGAGUGCCUUCCCUCAACAUGCAUCUAGACGUCCGUUGUUUGAACCUGCACCUCGCUCUGCGUGCCGCGGAGAUUCGGGCGUGCGCUGAGCCGAUGUGGGAAUGGGUGCAAGAGUAUCAAGCAAAACGCCGCGCACUGCAGCGCUCUCGAUCCCGCGCAUCGCUCGCUGCACUAUCGGACAUGGGUCAACGUGGGCCGGAGGAUGAAGUGGCCAUGUUGGCCCGGGAAGACUUCGACGAGCUAGUCGCGCGUUUCGAAAUGGACAUGCGCGACAGGUGCGGCUUGGGAUAUGCUCUCGAGUCUCGCUUUGGGUGGCCGACCGCAGCAAGUGCACCCAGUCCGGAGCGGAAGGCGUUCGACAUGGCAUGCGAGCGAUACGAGAAGUGGCGCGCUCAGCAGGAUAGGCGAGAAGAGGCGGCGCGACGGGCGCGGGCGUCAGUCACGUCGCGGCGGGGAUCCAUGAGCUCAGUGCUGCAGCGGAGCGGGAGUGCGCGGUCGGCGUCGAGGGACGUGGGGAAGAUAUCCGGCGCAUCACGGGAGCCUCGGUCGUCAGGUGCGAGCUCAGCCUUCGGCGACCGACGGCAGAAGCGGCAGGUGAGCCGCGCGCUUUGUGUGUUUGUUGGGUGGAAGGCAGAGGAGAAAAGAUAGAGGGGAUGAUAUUCCCCGUGCGCAGAUCAGUAUUUUAUGGAUUCAUUUUAUUCCCUAUUUCAUUCCGUGUUCCUCAUACCCGUGUUUGUUUUUCUGUUCAUAUACCGGGAUACGUCUACACACUGUCUACUAGCCUGGUGUCACA